GUAGGCCUUGGAACAAUCUGCCUCAAGCCUCAGUCCUCACCAUCUCGGCAUCGUCUGCAGAAAUCACCUAAAGUAAAAAAAAAAAAAAAAAACUUAAGAAGUGCGUAGAUUUCUUUGGUUCAAAUUCGACAAAAAGUUUUACGUUUGUUCUCGUAAUGGCUUCUACGCCAAGUUUACCAGUUUCUUUGCUCAUUGCAAGCAAAUCUCAGGCAAUUGGUAAUGAGCCCCAAAAGAAGACUAGGGAAGACUGGAGAAAAGCAAAAGAACUUGAAGAAGCUAGGAAAGCAGGAACUGCGCCAGCUGCAGUAGAUGAAGAAGGCAAAGACAUAAACCCACAUAUUCCUCAGUAUAUAUCUUCUGCACCAUGGUAUUAUAAUACCAUAGGGCCAACAUUAAAACAUCAAAGACCACAAGAAGAUGAGAAACAGAAACAUUUGGCUAGAGUUGGUGAUUGGUUUCAGCGUGGGGUUAACCUUGAUUCCUUGACAACCAAAUUUAGGAAAGGAGCUUGUGAAAACUGUGGGGCAAUGACUCACAAAAAAAAAGAUUGCAUGGAAAGACCUAGAAAAGUUUUGGCAAAAUACUCAGGAGCUGAAAUUGCCCCAGAUGAGUUUAUUCAACCAGAACUAAAAUUGGACUUUGAUGGGAAACGAGAUCGUUGGAAUGGUUAUAAUCCAACCGAACAUUUGGGCAUCAUAGAAGAAUUUGAAAAAGUUGAGGACACUAAAAGGCAGCUUAAAGCUCAAAGGCUGAACACUGGAGAUGAAGAAGAUGGAGGUGAAGAAGAAAUGGAUGGUGAUGAAGAUAAAUAUGUUGAUGAAGUUGAUAUGCCGGGAACGAAGGUGGACUCUAAGCAAAGAAUCACUGUUCGUAAUUUAAGGAUUCGUGAAGACACCGCAAAAUAUCUGCGAAAUCUGGAUCCAAAUUCUGCUUAUUACGAUCCUAAGACCCGUUCUAUGAGGGAAAACCCCUAUAAAGAUACGGGAAAAGAAGCAGAACAGGUUGAUUAUGCAGGGGAAAAUUUCAUUCGUUUCAGUGGAGACACGUCAAAGCAUGCUCAGGCCCAGUUGUUUGCAUGGGAAGCACAGCAUGCAGGUGUUGACGUUCACUUGUUAGCUGAACCAACCAAGGCUGAAAAACUCAAAAUUGAAUAUGUUGGUAAAAAGGAAGAAAUUAAAAGCUCUAUUCAGGAGGGUAUUCUUGAACGCUAUGGAGGUAAAGAACAUUUACUAGUUCCACCUAAAGCUCUUUUACUUGCCCAAACUGAGCAAUAUGUUGAGUAUUCUCGAGCUGGAAAAAUCAUCAAAGGUGCUGAAAAACCUGUAGUAAGCUCUCGCUAUGAAGAAGAUAUAUAUAUUAAUAACCAUCAAUCGGUUUGGGGUUCAUAUUGGAAAGACGGUCAAUGGGGAUUCCAGUGUUGUCAUUCGACGAUGAGAAACUCCUACUGCACGGGAGAGAGCAAAGAUAUAGAAGAAGAAAAAAAAACUGGUUCUUCGGUUGCUAUAACUGCAAUAAAAGUCGGGUACCCAGCUUCGGAAAACGAAAAUACAGACAGCCAAGUAGAGGAGCAAGUUGAAGAAGAGCGUGAACCCGAAUUACUGUCAUCCAAGAAGGAAAAAGAAUGUGAGGCCUCAUUAAAAUCUGAGGCUCGAAGGAUGAAGAAGAGGGAAAAGAAGAAGAAAAAGAAAUCGCAAAAAAAAGCAAAAGGAGUAAAGGAAUCCGCACACGAAAGCAGCAGCUCCGGUACUGACGAAGAAAAUGAAAAGAAGAAAAGAUUGCUUGAAGCUUUAAAAGUGGAAGAAAAGCGUAUUAAGCAAGUGGAACUUCUUAUGGGCUUAGACGAAAGGAAACGCCCUUACAAUAGUAUGGUAGAAAGCAAAGCACCCAAUGAAGAGGAACUAGAAGCCUAUUACAUUAAACGUAAACGUGAUGAGGAUCCCAUGGCAUACUUUUAGAAUUCAUGUCGAAUAAAUAUGCAUCUUCUGAUCUGCUGUUCCUUUUUUUUUUCCUGUUUUCUUUAAUGAGAUUUUACCAAGUCUCUUGUAUUAACCAUUUUGAAUUCAAAUAACUCAAAAACCAUUGUAUUUCGUCAAAAAAAUAAAUGUGUGUGAUUAUCGUUA